GCCAAAGGCGGCGCAGGCUCGGGAGAGAGCGUCGGGAGGCGCGAGGGCGGCCGGACGCGCGUGAGGAUGGACGGCAGAGGAAGACGAGGAACCGACGGCUCCUUCAAGCGCUCGUCCGUGAAACGCAGCGCCUCGUCUGGAUCGCAGAAGCUGCAGAGAGCUUGGAUCGAGAAAACCUUCCAGAAGAGAGAAUGUGUGCACAUCAUGACCGGAAAAGACGCCAGCAGGUGCGGCUGCGGCCAGCCGGUGGCGCAGCAUUCGGCGGUCCCGGAGGCGGAGCGACCGGAGGUCCGACCCCCGGAGCGCUGGACCGCCCUCAAGCACACCCGGGCCGCCCCCACCGACGCGUACGGCGUCAUCGAGUUCCAGGAGGGAGGACACGUCAACAAGGCCAUGUACAUCCGCGUGUCCUUCGACUCCAAGCCGGAGUGCCUGCUGCAGCUGAUGGUGAAGGAGUGGUCGCUGGAGCUGCCCACGCUGCUCAUCUCGGUCCACGGCGGCCUGCAGAACUUUGAGCUGCCCCCCAAACUGCGGCAGGUCUUCGGACGGGGGCUCAUCAAAGCCGCCGUCACCACCGGGGCUUGGAUCUUCACCGGCGGCGUCAGCACCGGCGUGAUCCGCCACGUGGGCGACGCCCUGAAGGAGCACUCGUCCAAAUCCCGCGGCAAAGUGUGCGCCGUCGGCAUCGCGCCCUGGGGCAUCGUGGACAACAAGGACGACCUCCUCGGCAGAGACGUGUCGCGUCCGUACGGGACGAUGGGCAACCCGCUGAGCAAGCUGGCCGUGCUCAGCGCCAGCCACUCGCACUUCAUCCUGGCCGACGACGGCACGGCCGGCAAGUACGGCGCCGAGGUGCGACUCCGCCGGCAGCUGGAGAAGCACGUGGCGCUGCAGAAGAUCAACACGCGUCUGGGUCAAGGCGUCCCCGUGGUGUGCCUGAUCCUGGAAGGGGGCCCCAACAUCAUCUCGGUGGCCCUGGACAGCUUGCGGGAGGAGCCGCCCGUCCCCGUGGUGGUGUGCGACGGCAGCGGACGGGCCUCCGACAUCAUCUCCUUCGCGCACAGAUAUUGCCACCCCGACGGGUCCGUGAGCGAAGGCGUGAAGGAGCAGCUCCUGGUCACCAUUCAGAAGACCUUCAACUACGGCCGCGGCCAAGCGCAGCAGAUCUUCCUCAUGGUCAUGGAGUGCAUGAAGAAGAGAGCGCUGAUCACGGUCUUCAGGAUGGGCGGCGAAGGCCAGCAGGACAUCGAGAUGUCCAUCCUCACGGCGCUUCUCAAAGGCACCAACGCCUCGGCGUGCGACCAGUUGAGCUUGGCUUUGGCCUGGAAUCGCGUGGACAUCGCUCGCAGUCAGAUCUUCGUGCGCGGACACCGCUGGCCCCCGGUGACCUUGAGCGAGCGUCCCAAAAGCCCGGCGGCGGCCCAGCGCGCGGCGGCGGCGGCCACCAAAGCGAAAGCUCGGGGGAAGAAAGGAAAAGCAGGGAAAGCCAAAGUGGAGCCCCCGGAGGAGACGGACCCCAGGAAGCUGGAGCUGCUCGGCUGGGUCAACUCCCUGGAGCAGGCCAUGAUGGACGCCUUGGUGUUGGACCGCGUCGACUUUGUCAAGCUUCUGAUCGAGAACGGCGUCAACAUUCAUCACUUCCUCACCAUCCCUCGUCUGGAGGAACUCUACAACACGAAGCUGGGACCCGCCAACACGCUGCACUUUGUAGUCCGAGACGUCAAGAAGGGGAACCUCCCUCCAGACUACCAAAUCACCUUGAUCGACAUCGGAUUGGUUCUGGAGUUCCUGAUGGGCGGAGCUUAUCGCUGCAUCUACACCCGGAAGAGCUUCAGGGCUCUCUACAACAACUUGUACGGCCUCAAGCGGCCCAAAGCCUUGAAGCUGCUCGGCAUGGAGGAUGACGAGCCUCGUGCCAAGGGCAAGAAGAAGAACAACAAGAAGAAAGAGGAGGAGGUGGAGGUCGACGCGGACGACCCCGAGGUGAGCCGCUUCCAGUACCCCUUCCACGAGCUGAUGGUGUGGGCCGUGCUCAUGAAGCGCCAGAAGAUGGCGCUCUUCCUGUGGCAGCGCGGGGAGGAGGCCAUGGCCAAAGCCCUGGUGGCCUGCAAGCUCUACAAGGCAAUGGCCCACGAGUCGUCCCAGAGUGAGCUGGUGGACGACAUCUACCAGGACCUGGAGAAUCACUCCAAGGAGUUCGGGCAGCUGGCCUACGAGCUUCUGGACCAGUCGUACAAACGCGACGAGCAGGUGGCCAUGAAGCUGCUGACCUACGAGCUGAAGAACUGGAGCAACUCCACCUGCCUGAAGCUGGCGGUGGCCGCCAAACAUCGGGACUUCAUCGCGCACACCUGCAGCCAGAUGCUGCUGACCGACAUGUGGAUGGGAUGUCUGCGCAUGGGCAAGAGCAACAGCCUCAAGGUGAUUUUAGGAAUCGUCUUCCCGCCCGCCAUCCUCCUGCUGGACUUCCGCCUGGGCGAGGAGACGUCCUUCCACUCGUCCAAGGAGAGCGAGGGCAGCGGAAACAAAGACGACGACGACGCCAAGUCCGGCAAGGACGCCGUGUCCAACAUGGACGCCGCGUCCAAGAAAGGAGACGAGGAGGACAACCGUAAGAAAGGCGGCAGGAGGAUUCCCGUCGGCAGGAAGAUUUACGAGUUCUACAAUGCCCCCUUCACCAAGUUUUGGUUCAACACGAUCUCGUACCUGGUGUACCUGAUGUUGUACAACUACAUCAUCCUGGUGAAGAUGGAGCGCUGGCCCUCGCUCCAGGAGUGGAUCGUCAUCUCCUACAUCAUCACGCUGGGCCUGGAGAAGGUCCGACAGAUCCUGAUGUCGGAGCCGGGCAAGCUGAAGCAGAAGAUCAACGUGUGGCUGGAGGACUACUGGAACCUAACGGACCUGGCGGCCAUCUGGGUCUUCGUGCUGGGCCUGCUGCUGCGGCUGCACAACGAGCCCUACAUGGGCUACGGCCGCGUCAUCUACUGCGUGGACAUCAUCUUCUGGUACAUCCGCGUGCUGGACAUCUUUGGCGUCAACAAGUACCUGGGGCCCUACGUCAUGAUGAUCGGCAAGAUGAUGAUCGACAUGCUGUACUUCGUGGUGAUCAUGCUGGUGGUGCUGAUGAGCUUCGGCGUAGCCCGGCAGGCCAUCCUGCACCCGGACGAGGAGCCCACCUGGCGCCUGGCGCGCAACAUCUUCUACAUGCCCUACUGGAUGAUCUACGGCGAGGUGUUUGCCGACUCCAUAGACCUUUACGCCAUGGAAAUCAAUCCUCCGUGCGGGGACAACAUGUACGACGAGGACGGCAAGAAGCUGCCGCCAUGCAUACCCGGCGCCUGGCUGACUCCCGCCAUCAUGGCCUGCUACCUGCUGGUGGCCAACAUCCUGCUGGUCAACCUGCUCAUCGCCGUCUUCAACAACACCUUCUUCGAGGUGAAGUCCAUCUCCAACCAGGUGUGGAAGUUCCAGCGCUACCAGCUGAUCAUGACCUUCCACGACCGGCCCAUCCUACCCCCGCCCCUCAUCGUCUUCCCUCACGUCUUCAUCGUCCUCAAGCGGCUCUGCUGCCGAUGCGCCGGCCGCCGGCCGCCGCGCCGCGACGCCGACCGCGACGACACCCACAGACGCCUUCAGCUGCUUCUGGGCGCGGAUGAGCUGAAGAGCCUCCACGAGUUUGAGGAGCAGUGCGUGGACGAGUACUUCCGAGAAAAGGACGAGGAGAAGCAGUCGUCCAACAACGAGAGGAUCCGAGUCACCUCGGAGAGGGUGGAGAACAUGUCCAUGCGCCUGGAGGAGGUGAACGAGCGCGAGCAUGCCAUGAAGGCGUCCCUGCAGACGGUGGACCUGCGCCUGGCCCAACUGGAGGAGUUCUCGGCUCGCAUGAUGAACGCUCUGGAGAAGCUGGCGGGCGUGGAGCCCGACUGCUCCGGGGGAAGUGCCCGAGGCUCCGUGGCGGGCGACGGCGGCGGCCCCGGCUCCCCGCGCCGCCGCGGCAGCUUCGGUAGCGUCGACGCCGGCAGCCUCUACCGCUACCAGCUGGAACACGACGCCGCCUCGGUCGCCGGAAGUCCGGAGAGACGAGCGCCGUGCCCCGACACCGGCGCCGUCCAGUCCCCGGAACCGGAUCAAAGCCGAGAGCCCGCUCAGCCUUUCUCCGGCGUGGGCAUCUUGGUCUCCCCGUGCGCAUUCGGCCGCAACCUCCAUUUUCACGACGAGUGUCUGCUCUCCGCGCGCAAGAUCUCGCUGGCCAAAGAAGUCGAAUAAAGGCGUGAAAUGGGAAGGUUGUCGUCGUUUCGUCGUGGAGGCUUUCAUUCGCGGAUGCGUUGCGGCUUUUUCCUUCAAUUCUUCAAUUUAUUUGGGGGGGGGGGUCAAUCGUCAAAAAUGAUCAAGCUUUGGCCUCGAUAGCUGUAUGUCAGUGAGAUUUUGUUAACGGCGGCGAACGAAUGCAAAGAGUCGCUCGGUCCCCUUUCCAUUCAUCUCAUCAUUGGCUCGCCAACGUCUUUCACAGGCAAACUCGGCCCACGUUGGCAGUGCCGCGCUUGCGUCGCCAUCGAAUGAAUGCUUUCUCUUGCGAUAGACGAACAGGCCUUGGAAGAUCCUUUUCUGUAGUGACGGGACGCCGAGAGCUUAAGAGUGAAACCUGGUCUCAGUGCGUGUAUUGCUUUAAGGAAGAAUCACGUGACCGAUACAGGAACUGAAUGGUUCGAAUGUGCCGCGCCAAAGUGUGAUUAUAAGGAAACAAACUGUAUCGACCUGACGUGGGUUUGUUGCCUGGAGUUUUCUGAAAUUAUGGAUCGUUCGAAGAAGUUUUCCCCAAUUGUGAUCUUGGUCAGUCUUUCUCUCCUUUGAACAUUGUUUACCGCUCGAUACAAUUUUUUUACGGCGGCGCAUUGCACCCACUUUAUCAGUUCAUCAAGUGAAUGACCUGUUAUCCAUAUGAUAGUCAGCUAAAGAGCCUUACAGUUGCUUUAUUCAUUUUAUCUGAUAGUUGCGAGAUCCUCCAUAAUUGAAGUCCAACGCUGCCUGUCAGAAGCAAACACACCCUUGACAAUAUUGGAAAUGGAACCAAAAAACAUGUCCACAUCUGCAUUAUCUUUCAUUGAAAACUCUCUGCUAACCAUCGUCAUCUGAACCAUGUGAAAGCGUAUUUUCUGAGGCUGUGGAGCUGGUGUCCAAGAGGAGAAAUCGCCUUUCGACUCUUUUGUUCUUCAAUAAAAAUUCAU